AUUCCUGUUGGACUAGUCGUCCUCCAACAUGUCUCCUCUUCUGUGUCCCCUGACCUUAUCGCUGGUGUUGAGUCUCCUGGUGGCCCCGGCGCUCUCUGAUAUGGAGGACAUGAAGAACCGCGAGCGGAUGAUCCUCAAGUCCCUUGGGCUGUCGGCGCGUCCCCGGCCAGCUGCGAGCCACCGCCGACGGUUUCACAUUCCUUCUGCCCUGUGGAAGAUGUUCUUGAAGUCCACGAGCAACGAGGCUCGCGCGAACAAGCCAUGUACGGUGUCCGAGUAUGGCGUCUGCGGAAACAUCAUCAGAUACGUGCAGGACCAAGGGCGCUUGGUGUCGGGCUGGGGAAGCAGCCGGUGUCCUGACUGCCAAGAGAAACUGCUUUACUUCAACAUGUCUGUCCUUCAGCCAGUGGAGCUACUCUCUCUGGCUCAGCUGGAACUCCAAUUCUACUGGAACCACUUCAGACCAUCUGUGCUUCUACAGGGUCCACCUGCCUACAGCAUGUCCCUCUACAGUAUAAUCCGAGCCGCUCUAAAAGGUGCUGAUCACCAAGCCAACCGUCGCCUGAUCUUGUCCCAGUCUUUGUGGUUGCAGCAGGACCAUACUUCUGUCACCCUGGAUCUCACCUUACUGGCAGACAGCUGGCGCAAAAGGGCCCACAAUACUGGCUUGGUUUUGGAGUUGCUGCCACUAAGGGAUCAUUCAGAAGAACUUCUGUCACUUCACUCUCCCAACUCUUUACCGCUGGAAGCAGGCUUUGUGUUUCCAGUGGUCCAAGCAUCGCUGGUGGUCGUGUCACUCAAUCCCCACCAGUGUAGCCCCAGGCAACGGCGAAGUGCUGUCCACCUUCCAGUGACUCCCAGCAACUUGUGCAAAGCACGUCGCCUCUACAUUGAUUUUAAAGAUGUUGGUUGGCAGGACUGGAUCAUCGCGCCACAGGGGUACAUGGCCAAUUACUGCCAUGGUGAGUGCCCCUUUCCACUGAGUGAGAGCCUCAACGGCACCAACCAUGCCAUUCUGCAGACCCUAGUUCACUCUCUCAACCCCAGAACCACACCUCAACCCUGUUGUGUGCCUAUCCGUCUCUCCCCCAUCUCCAUGCUUUACUAUGAUAAUAAUGACAAUGUGGUGCUUCGACACUAUCAGGACAUGGUGGUGGAUGAGUGCGGAUGUCGAUGA